GUCAGAAUCUUGAUUUGGUUAGCUGAAAAUGAGUUUGGGUGCUUUGACGGAAGAGAAGAGAAGAGCAACAACUUCAUCUUCUUCUUCUUCUUCUUCUUCUGAUCAGGUACAUAUGUCUAAUGAUAUAGCUUGGCAAAUGCUUGAUAAAUCGAGGUUUUUCUUCCUCGGUGCUGCUCUUUUCUCCGGUGUAUCCACUGCUCUUUACCCUAUGGUAGUUCUCAAAACAAGGCAACAAGUCUCUCCGACUCGUGUCUCAUGCGCCAACAUUUCUCUGGCUAUUGCUAGACUUGAGGGUGUAAGAGGGUUUUACAAGGGGUUUGGAACAUCUUUGCUUGGAACUAUUCCGGCUCGGGCUCUCUAUAUGACAGCUCUUGAGAUUACGAAGAGUAGUGUAGGUCAAGCAACUGUUAGGUUAGGAUUGUCGGAUACUACAGCUUUGGCUGUUGCUAAUGGUGCAGCUGGUUUGACCUCGGCCGUUGCUGCUCAGGUUGUCUGGACCCCGAUUGAUGUUGUGAGUCAACGGCUUAUGGUUCAAGGCGAUCUUUCCUUGAAUGGACCAAGAGGGUUCUACAGAGGAUUUGGGAUCUCGAUCUUGACUUACGCACCUUCAAAUGCCGUAUGGUGGGCAUCCUAUUCUUUGGCUCAAAAAUCAAUUUGGUCUCGAUACAAGCACUCCACCGACCACAAGAAAGAUGCUGGUGGCUCAGUGGUGGUUCAAGCGUUGAGUGCAGCUACAGCAAGCGGUUGCUCGGCUUUAGUAACUAUGCCAGUAGACACAAUCAAGACUCGGUUGCAGGUCUUAGACACAGAAGAGAACGGGAGGAGACGAGCAAUGACAGUGAUGCAGUCGGUGAAGAGCUUGAUGAAGGAAGGAGGAGUUGGGGCUUGUUACAGAGGAUUGGGACCAAGGUGGGUCUCAAUGUCGAUGUCCGCAACAACAAUGAUCACAACCUACGAGUUCUUGAAGCGCCUGGCAACGAAGAAGCAGAAAUGAAAUAUGAUAAAAUCAUUCAUAGUCU